AUGGCAACUCAAGCUGUUAAUUGGUCACGCAUCUACCAGUCCUUGGGACUCGGUAAGAACACAACCGCUGCUGUUCAAACGUUUCGUAAGCGUGCCGAUGAUGCUCGUCGUCAAUUGACCGCAUUGAAGAACCAAAAGACAGAUGUCGACUUUGCACAUUACAAAUCCGUUUUGAAGAACCAAGAAGUCAUUAACCAAGCCGAAAAGAUUUUGAGUGAAUUCAAGCCAAUCACAUACGAUGUUUCAUCUCAACUUAAGGCAAUCAAUGCAUUUGAAGCAAAAGCUGUCGAACAAGCUCAAGCUUCUUCCGAUAAGAUUGAAGCUGAAUUGAAGGAUCUAAAGGCAACCUUGAAGAACAUCGAAGAUGCUCGUCCAUUCGAUCAAUUGUCCGUUGAUGACGUUAUCGCAGCUCGUCCCGAAAUCGGACAAACUGUUGAAGCAAUGGUUAAAGCAGGCAAAUGGACAACACCACAAUACGCCGAGAAAUUCGGAAACUUGUCGGUCGUCUAA